AAGUACUUCAUGGGCUGGAGAAACAUGACAUCAUGCACAGCUCCGACCCUCUCUACGAACACAAAGAGUACAACAUUUUUAUUUUACUACUGAAAACCCCAGUCGACAACAGAUCCGUCUACACUGUGAUACUCCGCGGUCCCAUCCAUAAAAUACACCGGGACCUGGCCCUGGUGCUCCGGUGUGCAGCGGAGUCUGGGAGGGGCAUCCGUCCGUCGUCCGUCCGGGCAAUGGCGGAUGGGGAUGCCACCGUGUCUGUGGAGUGGGGCAGUGGUGAUGGGUGCUUAGCAAAAUAACAUUCCACUUGUGCAUACACGUUUUCUCUGUUACGCUUGGUACACAGCUCUCGCCAUGGAUCCAGAGAAAACGUUGACGUUCUGCUUCGGGCUGAAGAAUGAGGAGAUGACCAUGUCCCUGCAGGGGCUGGACGGGACUGAAACUGCUACAGUGGCUGUUUCUCAGCAGGAGCCUGACCUGAGGACAGUUAAUAAGGUGGUGAAGCAUGACGGGGGUUCUGGUAGCCAGUCUGUUGUCAGUCCCUACUGUCCUGGUGUAAAUGACACUCCAGGUUACCUGUGUGAAACGGGGCACUGCUGCGGAGAGACAGGCUGCUGUACCUACUACUAUGAACUCUGGUGGUUCUGGCUGCUGUGGACAAUGCUGAUCCUCUUCAGCUGUUUCUGUGCUUACCGCCACCGCCGGGCCAAGCUGAGGAUCCAACAGCAGCAGAGGCAGAGGGAGAUCAAUCUGAUCGCCUAUAACGGAGCCUGCAACUACCCUUCCUCAAUGCUGGACCUCAGUUUUCUGGCUUCCUUCAAGUUGCCCUCCUACGAGGAGGUGGCGGCGCAGCCCAGCACCCCUCCUCCACCCUACAGCUCCGUCUUCGCCCUGCAGGGAGGUGCCAUGGGGGGUCCUAGCUCCUCUUACCCCCAUCAUCUCCAGCCCCGUCACCCCUGCCCUCCCUAUCUGGGCCCCGGUCCCAGUGGCCUGACUUCCUCCCAGAGCUCUGACAACUACACUAGCUGCUCGUGCGAGUCAUGCUCCCUCACCUCCCCCUCCAGCACCUCCUUCUCUGUCCAGGUGACAGACGAGACAUAUGACAGCAGCCACAUCUCCACACCAAGUGAAGCAGGGGGAGACUAUGCCGUCAUGCCAAGGGUUGCGGCCAACUACACACCAACUUUUCCCAUGACACCUCCGUUACAAGUUCCCCCUGAUGUCAUACCCACGGCCACUCCAGAUGUCAUACCCGUGCAAAGACUGUCCUCCAAUGGCAAAGAAGGAGUCUCGUCUUCAGCUCCACCUCUCUCUCUUCCUUUACACUCUCGUCGUUCACACCCUUCUCGCCUCCCACUUUCUCCUCUCAUUCUGCUACAUUCCCUGCCUCCUGGUCAAAUCCAUCCUCUUGUCCUCUCAGACCCACUUGGAGCUGUGGCCGUUCGGAGGGAGAAAGACGAGGAAGAGGCCCGGCCUCGUGGUCCAACCCCCAGGCCCUCUCUGUAUCCCCCUAAACAGGCUCUCUUUUCCUCAAACAUGGCAGUUUCCACACAUUGCAACAACAGAGAGGAGCAAAAACAAGAAAAAGAAGAGGAGGAAGAGGAAGAUGAGGAGGAGGAUCAUUUCCGGCAUCGACGGCUAACAGGUGACUCGGGCAUUGAGGUAUGUCGUUGCCACGUGAAGAGAGAGGAACAAGAGGAAGAGGAACUACCAAUGGGACAUUCUGGGAAAGGAAGGAAGGCUGUGAAGGAAGAGGAGAGGGAAGACAUGCUGCAUGACAGCGUGGACUGUUCCCUCCGAGGGAAGGCUGCUGUUCGGUCACCACUCCUGGACGUCUGCGGCCACGUCUCUUCGUCCUCCAGUAUCAUCCAGAAGACAGGCAAGGCCAUCUUCACUGUUGAGUCCCCGUAAGCUGACAGCCUGUGAGAUGUUGUCAAACAAGUGGGAAAAGUGAGAUAUUAAUGCUCGAUAGCAUCUUCAUAGAUCAAGGCUAGUAGGUGGGAAGUGAAAUCACUGAAGAAAAGUCUUGCAGCUCUUACUAUGGUUGGGGGCAGGAUGACUAAUGUAUCCUCUUGUUUUCUCUUUAUUUAAAUGAGAAACUCCAAGAGAGACCGACACCUGAAAGUCCUAUUUUGUAGGUAAUUUAUUUAUAGUUUGGGAGACAGCAUAUUUUCUCCUCUAAAGGGAUGAAAUUGCCAAUGAAUUGCUCUUUCGCUGUCUCCAUUUUCCAACAUGCUCACCAAAUCCAUUUUUACCAGUGGAUCGGUGAAAACAUGUCCCUCUAUUGUUUACUUUUCAUCUCUCUCUUAUUUACAUGAUGCAAAAUUGCUAAAAAAAAGUAUUUUAGCUCCUUGAAAUGAAAAACCCAGCUCAGUGGUUCCCAACAUGUGACAACAAAUAAAAUGGAGGGGUUGUGAUGAUAAACUGGAUGAGAAAGAAGAAACAUAGUUCUGCUAAAUCUUCUAAGUUCUCUAAUCUUUACAGUUUUACCUCUUUGAACAUUUAAAAAGAAAUUGAAAUGAAACAGUCUGAGAUGCGAAAAUCAAUCUUUAGUUGACCAGCUCACAGCAUCCUGACAUAUGCAAUGUGUGUGGGGUCGCAGAAAACAAAGAGGUUGGGAACUGCUGUCUGAUUAACCAUAUUAAUAAAUCAUCCUAGCAGUAGUGAACAAGACUGUUUAUCAUUGACUGACAACUUUUUCAAUUGAAAACAAUUAUAUUCUUGGGGUGUACAUGAAGAAAAAACACUAAACAAUUCAUUUUCAAAAGAGCAGCUCUAACUAAGUGUGUCUGGAUUCUAUCUUUUGAAGAAGUUCUGACAACUGGACAUAUGGUUCGAGGUCAAAGGACUAAACAGUGACCUUUUGUUUUUGUUGUUAGGUGAAUUCUUGCUUUCACCAGCCUAUUUCCCUCUGUUUUAGAGGAAAUAAGAAGGGAGCUAUUAUGACUGAUUCAAGAAGUGUUUUAUACAUUGUGUCUUAUUUUGCUCCCAUAAGGGGUGCAAACAUUAUUUAUAAUGUGUGGGUGGCAAAGCUUUAGAAUGGUCUUAUGAUUAUACAUUGUUGUUCCAGACUGUUACAUGAUUAUACUGUAUAAUGAACUGACUGUUUGACCUAGGAUUUAAUGUGCUUGAACAUGUUGCUGGUUGGUCGUUACUGUUUUUGCAAGGCAGUGGAAGUCUGAUUCCAACGUCCAACCGUUGACUUUUUACAAGGCACAAACUUUAAGCCUAAUCUCAGCACUGAUAAUGAAUGUAACAGGUUAUGCAUUGCAACAAAAGGAUACACUGAAAUUGUUUACGGAGAGUUGUUAUACAGCAUGACGCUUGACGGAAAACCUCUGAUAAAGUGUCCAAAACUGCAGCAAGGCAAUACAAUCUGCCAGAUGUGGGCUUUGACAUGACACUUUGAAAUGAAGUGCCCAUUGUAAUGUCUGUCCGAGUCAAGUAAUGCUUUUAAAGAUAUGAAGAGAUUUUAAAGGUAUAAAUGUAGGGAGUGCAGGUUUAAAGUCCGAGUAAUGCCUCUUUUAUUAUUGCUGUGACUAAACAUGGGGAGUUGGACAGCUUUUCUCUAAAUGUAUCCCGAUUGAUCCUGUUUUUAUUUGUGUGAAAUCCUCAGUUGAUGUCCAGUUGUACAAUAUCUGCCAGUAGAGAAUAGCCUCAGCGGGAGGUCCAUACCAUUUUGAUUAAUGCUCUGCACUUAUGUGGAGUAAGUCGAUCCUAAUCUUAGCAGUGGAUAUGGCACACGUGUAAUUCUCACAAAAUGUUCCGAAGCACAGAAUAAGAUUUAGAAAAAGAGCGUCUCAAUCACAUUUUGUACAUGUGUGUUUUUUUGUAGUUAUUGUGACACAAAUGCCUCUAUAGCUCAUUGACUAGAGGCCACUUUGUUGUGUCCUUGGCUCAGAGCAAAGCCAACUUAAUUGUCUAGCUUUCAACUCAUUUAUAGUUCUGGGGACAAAAAACCUUACCUGGGUUCAGCUCUAUAAUACCUUUUAUUUGUCGUAGAUGAAUCGUGUGUGUGUAAUGCGAAGUUUAGUUUUGUUAUGAAGGUCAUUUUGACAUUCCCUGAUCAUUUACGUUCUAAGAUAUGUGCAUUGACUCACAGAGGUGACCCUUGCUGACAGAGUGUGGUCACCCUCUGAACAAAUCAACAUAAAAGCCUUCUGGCUAUUGUACAUUGUUUGGCUAAAGACUGGACAGUUGUUAUUGUCUUUGAUUAGUUCUAGCUAGGUUAUGUUCAUGAAAGUACAUGACGCCUAGGUGAAAAUAGACUUUCUGUCUGGCAUUCUAUAGUUUACUGCUGCUAUGCGAGUGUGUGUGUGUUUUCUGUAAACUGUGUAUAGUCCCACAUCAAAUGGGCAUACAUUUUCUAGCCGUGCUUAGCAGUCUCUUUAUAAAAUAUACACAGUACGCGGUACACGGUACACAAAUAGUAUUUAGCAAUAGUAUUCACACUUUUUUUUCCUUACUCUAGUUAAUGCUGGUAAAUAGGAAAUUGACUGUUGUGAAAAAUACAUUUACCUCUGUAUAACUGAUCCGUGAGCUGUGCUGGGCAGAGACCCUUGAUUGUACAUAACACUGCAUUUUAAAUGCCUUUGGUUUAAGGUUUCUCCCAAAUGUAAACUCAGAUUAUCUGGUUUUGUAGUAGCCCCAGUUUCAGCUCUCAUGUGUUGUCAUUACAUUGGGUUUACAGUGCUAAUCAUUCAUGUUCUU